AUGGUUUCCGUUGAAAUUGAACGAAGAAGACAAUUUUUAUUACAAAUAGCUCAAGAACUAGAUAUCACAUCAGAAGCAACAUCAGAUGAAAUAGUUGAAUUGUAUCUUCAAAAUCCACGUUUUUCUGCCAAAUUUCUUAAACAAAUUGAAAGAACCGGAAACAUUAACCGAGUUCUUGUCAUCGGACAAACAGGCGUCGGUAAAAGCAGCCUUAUCAACCUGAUGGCUGGCGAGCAUGUCGCACCUAUGAGUGAUUCGGCAGUGGGAUGCACAUUUGAUUUUAAUGUUUAUCAAGUUGAAUACAAUGAGGAAAUGUAUGAAUUGAUCGACACUAUCGGAUUGAAUGAAGGAUCCAAAGGUACUGUAACACAUAAAGAUGCACUGAAAAAACUUGUCAGAUUUAUCAAGCAAAAUAAACGUGGUUUUAAUUGCGUCAUUUUCGUAAUGGCAAAAGGUCGUGUAUUUGAUUCGUUUGAAAAGAAUUAUUAUUUAUUCUACAAGAGUUUAUUGAAAGAAGAUAUCCCAGCAUUACUUUACGUUGGCCACUGCGAGAAUGACGUUCCAAUGUCAGCAUGGCUCAAUAAUUCGACGAACGUAGAAGCUCUUGCGUCAUUUGCGUUUGCGGAGAAAAUUUGUGGCACAACACUUGAAGGAGGAUACUUCGGUGAUCAAUUGAAGAUUCUGAGAGAAGAAACAAGAGUUAAAAUGUGGUCAGCAGUCAUGGCUAAAAUGCUCGAUACACCAAGAAAAGUUGACGCCGAUCUGAAUAUGUUCAAACAGGUAUGGAAUUCUAUUUGUGAUUUCUUUGGUUUUAAUAAGAAGUUUCUCACCGAUCAAUUCCAUGCAUUUAUUGCCUAUUUAAAAUCAUUAGGUGUCGAUGAUGAAACACUCGAAGAAAUAAACAGUGAAUUACACUAA